UUCUCGCUUUUGCUUGGUGCUAGUAUGAAUCAGCUGUAUGUUCCUGUUUUUUUUCCCCUUGGACUAUUUUGAGUAUUUUGUAUGAUUACUUCAAUAAACUAGGGUGAGCUACAGUGGAACAGAACUGGAGUUCGCGAGGAGUUCGUCAGGCCGGAGGCGAUCGCUCGACGAAUGGUCCGGUCCCGUGGUCCAAGGAGCCUGUGUGAUUAAUAUUCAAUCAAGCCGAUUCCUAAGAUGGAGAACGAAACAACUUUCGCCUGUAACCAGACGCAGACCAGCACCCCCUCUCCCGCCCCGGUGUCUCCCUGUUCGAGCGUGCCCCCCCAUCACGCCCCCCGCUAUGGUACGAUCAUCCCUAACCGAAUCUUUGUUGGAGGAAUCGACUUUAAGACGAACGAGAGUGACCUGCGGCGGUUCUUCUCCCAGCACGGCGCGGUGAAGGAGGUGAAGAUCGUUAUUGACCGUGCGGGGGUGUCCAAGGGGUACGGCUUCGUGACCUUCGAGACUCAGGAGGACGCCCAGAAGAUCAUUCAUGAUGUGAGCGCUGAUCGGCUCUGCUUCAGGGACAAGAGGCUCAACAUCGGCCAGGCCAUCCGCAAGCAGCAACUGGGAGUGCCCUCGAGCGGGUUCUCCAUCUCCAGUCCCAGCCCGGGUAUCGCCAUCCCCGCCUCCGCGGGCACCAUGUACCUCACCACCUCCACGGGGUACCCCUACACCUACCACAACGGCGUGGCGUACUUCCACCCCCCCGAGAUGAGCCCCCCAGCGCAGCACUGGCCUCCCCGGUCCAUGUCCGGUUCUCCAGUUAUGGUCGCCCACCAGGCCCCGCCAGUCUACCCGCAGCCCACGUACCACCACUACCAGGCUCCAGCGCAGUGCGUUCCAGGCCCUCUGCAGUGGAACAUGUCACAGUCUCCAGUGCCCAGCAGCCCCCUGCUCUACCUGCAGCCGUCUGAGCUGCUGUACCAGCCCCUGGACCUGCCUGCAGACGGGGGCUGUGUGCCCCCCCCCAUGCCCCUGCUGGAGGCAUCUGUCCCCGAGCCCUACAUUGAUCACAUGGUGCAGCCAGCCUAUCAUCAGCUUUACGCCCAGAGUCCUGGAGGAAUGGCUCCCAUCAUGCAACAGGAAAUAGGAAAGGAACAGCGGUUUCACUGCGUGAGAAGAGGGUUCCCCCACUCCCAGGUGGGCCUGAAGGCCCGGUACAGCCGCAGCCCCCACUGCUCCCACCCCCGCAAGGAGUACCGGCCCGACGUCGGCAGCCUGUCCCCCCCGCCCCCCGCCGAGCCCCUCAAGUAGGAGCGAUGGGCUGGGUGGGGGGAGGGGCUACGGAGCUGGGCCACUGCCCCCGA